CAACAUAUUACUAAAUAUAAAACCUUUAUUAAAUAAAUGCCAUACAACUUAUUUACAUUAAUUUUAAGAAAAAGUUAUAACUGAUGUCAGUGGUUCAGUCAGAGGAUGAGAUUUAGGAACUGUCUUGAUUCAGAUGUUCACAUAUGAUCUUCUCUGGCUGUUCACAGACCAUGACAAGACUUUCAGGAUUUUAACAUUUUCACGCCCACAGACGACCAGAACGGGUCCUAGUUAGAGGUCCAGAUACUGAAUCUGCAUCGAAGGUCUCAAACAUACAGGUUAGUGUCUGGACCAACCCACGUGACACAGACGUCACGUAUGGGUGUCCCCGAAAGACGUUACUGCUCUGAACGUCUUCCAGACAGUUUCGGACUAGUGUGUGUGUGUGUGUGUGUGUGUGAGAGAGAGAGAGAGAGAGAGAGAGAUUCAGAAUCCAUAAUCUCAUAUAACUAUUUGACCGUUUCCCAUUUUUCUCAACUCAUUAUGAAAUAUUUCAUCACAUUCGUCAGCAGGAGCCUGUUAUCAUUUGUCUAUUCUUAGGUCACUAUUAAUAUCAGACAUCGCACGUGCUCCAGCAUGGUCCCCACCUUUAUGGGCUCCACCUCAAAUUACUUCCUCCUUUGUCCCAUAGUGCACUGCAUAGAGUGUAAAAUCGAUUAUUUCGUAGCCUACGUAGCGCGCUUUAUAUAGGUAGCGAUGUGUUUGGGAUUGAGCCACGGACGGCUGAGCAGAGCGCUACCGCGCAUGCGCAGUGCUCGCUACCGCAGCCAGGGGGCGUGAACAUGGCGUCCUGAGCAGGACCACACAGCCGGAGACCGCAUCGUUUCACUGGGCUUUCAGAGCGAGCAAGACAGAGGGAGAAGCAACGUGAGAGGAGGACCUUUUCAACAAACGCAGAGAAAGUACGCUUUUGGUGCUCGUAUGCGUCGCAGGAAAGGAUAGACGGGAUUAAACAGCAGCGGUGUCAUUUGCUUAGCGGUUUCUGUUGUUGUUGUUUUAUUAUUUUUUUUUCCGCUAAUCCAAUUUUCAUGCGGUUGCAAAAAGCCAGUCGGUGACGCGAAACAGGUGAGAGCCGAGGCGGCCGCUCCUUAUUUUCGGGAUUUGGGCUGGAAAUGGCGAGCGAGAAGCCGCUUACGGCGCCGCUGGCGGAGCGAGAAGCCACGGGCGGCGGGGACGCGAUGGUGUCUGGCUCGGGCUCCGUUGUGCUGCCGGCUGGCGUCAUCAACCCCGCGGUUCCGAUCCGCAACAUCCGCAUGAAGUUCGCUGUGCUGAUCGGUCUCAUCCAGGUCGGCGAGGUCAGCAACCGGGACAUCGUCGAGACCGUGCUGAAUCUGCUCGUUGGUGGGGAGUUUGAUCUGGAGAUGAACUUCAUCAUCCAGGAUGCAGAGAGCAUCACGUGCAUGGUGGAGCUAUUGGAACACUGCGAAGUGACGUGCCAGGCUGAGAUUUGGAGCAUGUUCACGGCCAUCUUGCGCAAGAGCGUGCGCAACCUGCAGACCUGCACCGAGGUGGGCCUCAUACAGCAGGUGCUGCAGAAGAUGAGCUCCGUUGACGACAUGAUUGCAGACCUCUUAGUGGAUAUGCUGGGGGUUUUGGCCAGCUACAGCAUCACAGUAAAAGAGCUGAAGCUGCUAUUUAGCAUGCUGAGAGGAGAUAAUGGCAUAUGGCCGAGGCACGCAAUCAAGCUGCUGUCUGUCCUGAACCAGAUGCCUCAGAGACAUGGCCCAGAUACCUUCUUCAACUUCCCAGGACGCAGUGCAGCGGCCAUUGCUUUGCCUCCCAUUGCUAAGUGGCCUUACCAGAACGGGUUUACUCUCAACACAUGGUUCCGUAUGGACCCUCUGAACAAUAUCAAUGUGGACAAGGACAAACCCUACCUAUACUGUUUCCGGACGAGCAAAGGAAUUGGGUACUCUGCCCAUUUUGUGGGGAACUGUUUGAUCGUGACGUCGCUAAAGUCCAAAGGCAAAGGCUUCCAGCACUGCGUGAAGUACGACUUCCAGCCCAGGAAGUGGUACAUGAUCAGCAUUGUGCACAUUUACAACCGCUGGAGGAACAGUGAAAUCCGCUGCUAUGUGAACGGCCAGUUGGUCUCUUACGGCGACAUGGCCUGGCACGUCAACACCAAUGAUAGUUAUGAUAAAUGUUUCCUUGGCUCUUCGGAGACGGCUGAUGCCAAUCGGGUGUUCUGUGGUCAGCUUGGGGCUGUGUAUGUAUUCAGCGAGGCACUUAACCCAGCGCAGAUCUUCGCCAUUCAUCAGCUGGGACCCGGAUACAAGAGCACCUUUAAGUUUAAAUCAGAGAGUGAUAUCCACUUGGCUGAACACCAUAAGCAGGUGUUGUAUGAUGGGAAGUUGGCCAGCAGCAUCGCCUUCACAUAUAACGCCAAGGCCACAGACGCACAGCUCUGCCUCGAAUCCUCACCCAGAGAGAAUGUGUCCAUCUUUGUCCAUUCGCCCCACGCCCUCAUGCUGCAGGACGUAAAGGCCAUCGUCACACACUCCAUCCACAGUGCCAUCCACUCUAUCGGGGGCAUCCAGGUGCUGUUCCCGCUAUUCUCUCAGCUUGACUACCGACAGCCCAAUGACAGCCCUGUGGAGACCACCGUGUGUGCCACUCUCCUGGCUUUCCUGGUGGAGCUGUUGAAGAGUUCUGUAGCCAUGCAGGAGCAGAUGCUGGGAGGAAAGGGCUUCCUGGUCAUCGGAUACCUGUUAGAGAAGUCGUCCCGUGUGCACAUCACCCGGGCUGUACUGGAGCAGUUUCUCUCCUUUGCUAAGUAUCUAGAUGGCCUCACACAUGGAGCUCCUCUCCUAAAGCAGCUGUGUGACCACGUCCUGUUCAAUGCAGCCAUCUGGAUACAUACACCUGCAAAGGUUCAGCUCUCUCUGUACACUUACCUGUCAGCUGAGUUCAUUGGCACAGCCACAAUCUACUCCACUAUACGGCGAGUGGGCACCGUGCUGCAGCUCAUGCACACACUCAAGUACUACUACUGGGCCACCAACCCACUGGAGAGCAGCGGCAUCACACCUAAAGGCCUCGAUGGUCCUCGGCCCACACAAAAGGAGAUCAUCUCUCUGCGUGCCUUCAUGCUCCUCUUCCUCAAGCAGCUCAUUCUCAAGGACCGGGGUGUGAAAGAGGAUGAGUUACAGAGCAUCCUGAACUACCUGCUAACCAUGCAUGAGGAUGAGAAUAUCCAUGAUGUUCUGCAGCUCUUGGUGGCUCUCAUGUCUGAGCAUCCAGCCUCCAUGAUCCCUGCAUUUGACCAGAGGAACGGGAUACGGGUCAUCUAUAAACUCUUGGCUUCAAAGAGUGAAAGCAUUCGUGUGCAAGCACUCAAAGUCCUCGGAUAUUUUCUCAAACACCUCGGACACAAGAGGAAAGUGGAGAUCAUGCAUACACACAGCCUCUUCACACUGCUGGGAGAGAGAUUAAUGAUGCACACCAACACUGUGACAGUAACAACCUACAACACACUUUAUGAGAUUCUGACAGAGCAGGUGUGUACUCAGGUGGUUCAUAAACCUCACCCAGAGCCUGACUCCACUGUCAAGAUCCAGAACCCUAUGAUUCUGAAGGUGGUGGCGACGCUGCUGAAGAACUCCACGCCCAGCUCUGAGCUGAUGGAGGUGCGCCGCCUCUUCCUGUCUGAUAUGAUCAAGCUCUUCAGCAACAGCAGAGAGAACAGAAGGUGUUUGCUGCAGUGUUCAGUGUGGCAGGACUGGAUGUUCUCCCUGGGUUACAUUAACCCCAAAAACCCGGAGGAACAGAAGAUCACUGAGAUGGUAUACAACAUUUUCCGCAUCCUCCUGUACCAUGCCAUCAAGUACGAAUGGGGAGGCUGGCGUGUGUGGGUGGACACACUCAGCAUUGCCCACUCCAAGGUGACGUAUGAAGCGCAUAAGGAGUAUCUAGCUAAGAUGUACGAGGAGUAUCAGCGUCAGGAGGAGGAGAACAUGAAGAAAGGUAAGAAGGGCUCAGUGAGUACCAUCUCGGGUCUGUCAGCACAGCCGGCCGCUGUCAAUGGCGCCCUGGAGACACGCGAGACAGACGACACGUCUCAGACACACACACCUGAGAGCGAGGCUGAGUACACCGAGAGCAGUGAGCCACAGAACCUGCUGACCGAUGCAAAGGAUCAAGUCCAUGUCCAUGAGCUUCUGGUGGACAUCAAGGCUGAGAAAGUGGAGGCCACUGAGGUGAAGCUGGAUGAUCUGGACAUGUCUCCAGAGGCUCUGGGAGGAGGAGGAGGAGGAGGAGGAAUGGAAAACGGCCCACUGGUGGAAGUGGACUCACUGCUGGACGCUGCGUACUGUGUGCACAAGCUGAACGGAGGGUUGGCUCCCAAGGAGGAGGAGGAACCAGUCAUGGGGACGGGUACAAGCGAAGACGACGCCAACCUGGGGCCCCUGAUCACGCUGGAUGAUGAGAAGGACAUUGUGCCCAGCAACAAUGGCUUCAUCUUUCCAAAAAGUGAAGAGAAGUUGCUCCCCUCUCUGGCCACGCCUGAGCCGCUGCCACUAUCCGGCCCAGAGCAGGGGACCGCUGCACCCACCAUGCCUACCUCUGUACCCGUGUCGAGUGCCAGCGACGACCUCAGCCUGCUGGCCCACAUGACAUCAUGCGGCUCUGAUCUGGCACCCGAUGAUGACAGCUUUAAGCUGCAGAGCUCGCUGGCUGACAUCAGCACACUAGCAGAGGGCAGUGAGGGUGGCAUAGGAGAUGCAGGAACAGUAAAGAGCGGAGACGCCAUCAGUACCGUGUCGGACACAGACAGGUCAGAUGACAGCAGGGACAAAGAGAUGAAGAAAAUCCAAACUACAGCCACCACACAGGCACUGCACGGGCGUUCGGGCAGUCAGAUGGAGCGGGAUCUGCGGGUGGAUCUCGGCUUCAGAGGGAUGCCCAUGACCGAGGAGCAGCGGCGGCAGUUCAGCCCCGGGCCACGCACCACCAUGUUCCGUAUUCCAGAGUUCAAAUGGUCCCCCAUGCACCAGCGCUUACUCACCGACCUGCUAUUCGCCCUCGAGACAGACGUGCAUGUUUGGAGGAGCCAUUCGACUAAAUCAGUUAUGGACUUCGUGAACAGUAAUGAGAACAUUAUAUUUGUACACAACACCAUCCACCUCAUUUCUCAGAUGGUUGAUAACAUCAUCAUCGCCUGUGGAGGGAUCCUGCCUCUGCUCUCCGCUGCCACUUCACCUUCUAAGAAACACAAGCCCUGCUCUCAGAUUAAGGGCAGUGAAUUGAAGCCCCUGCCAGGGAGCUCCUCCUCAGGGGGAGAGACGGAGCUGGAGAACGUGGAGGCCACUCAGGGCAUGUCGUCUGAGACGGCUGUGACGUUCCUCAGCAGGUUGAUGGCCAUGGUGGAUGUGCUGGUGUUCGCCAGCUCCCUGAACUUCAGUGAAAUUGAGGCUGAGAAGAACAUGUCCUCCGGAGGCCUGAUGAGGCAGUGCCUGCGCCUAGUGUGCUGUGUUGCUGUGAGGAACUGUCUGGAGUGUCGGCAGAGGCAGAGAGAGCGAGGCAACAAGUCGUCACUUCCUAUCAGCAAAACACAAGACAACCUUCAGAGUACAACUGCCACCAGCAAGAGCGCCAUAGCGAAUGUCCCUCGUAACCUCUCACCUAUCAAGGACCCUGACAGAUUGUUGCAGGACGUGGACAUCAACCGUCUGAGAGCCGUCGUCUUCAGAGAUGUGGAUGACAGUAAACAGGCUCAGUUCCUGGCUCUGGCUGUAGUUUACUUCAUUUCUGUCCUCAUGGUGUCCAAAUACCGGGACAUCCUGGAGCCACAGAGAGAGAUUGGCAGGUCCAGCAGCCUAUCAGGAAGGAGCAUACGGCAAGAAAUUAAUUCCCCCACUAGCACAGAAAACCCCUCCUCAUUCUCAGACAGCAGUCGACCUGAGCGUCUGCCCCUGGAGGAUCUGCCCCUGGAGUCCUCGCUGCCCCACACUGACUCGGGCAUCGGAGACGAGCAGGUGGGCGGCACCCUUAAUGGCUCUGACUUGGGAGUUGUGGCCUCAGGUGUGGGAGGAGGUCCAGACGCCAUGAGUGAGCUCCUGUGCACGCUUUCAGCAGAGGUGCGCAAGUCCCACGAGUCUCUGCUCGAGUCUCCGCUCGGUGCGGACACACUGAAGCCGGCCGCAUCUAUCUCCAGCAUCAGCCAGGCCAACAAGGGCAUCAAUGUUAAGGAGAUCCUCAAGAGCUUGGUGGCAGCGCCAGUGGAAGCCACUGAGACGGGUCCUGAGCCACAGCCGUACCAUCCUGACCCAGCACUGAAGAGGGAGACAGCUGCCAUGCUGCCCAUGCAGUUCCAUUCAUUCGACAGGAGUGUGGUUGUACCAGUGAAGAAACCUCCACCUGGCAGUCUGGCAGUGAACACAGUGGGCACACCCACCAGCAGUGCCAUCCCCUCCUCCGGCAGCACACCAAACAUCUUUGCUGCUGCCAGUGCCACACCUAAGAGCAUGAUCAACACAACAGGUGCCACAGACUCGGCCUCGUCCUCCUCUGCCUCAUCCUCCAGCUUUGUGAAUGGUGCCACCAGUAAAAACCUACCUGCUGUGCAGACUGUCGCACCCAUGCCCGAGGACACAGUGGAGAACAUGAGUGCCUUUUGUGAGGUGGACCCAUGUCCACUGCGAAGUGGGUUGACCCCUGCAGAGCUCAAAUCCUUUAGCUCACUGGCAGGAUUCCACACAGCCCCCAGAGAUGAGGGACAGUUUCUUAGUAUAACCACUAAGUUAGAGCGUGCACUGGAGAAGGUGGCCCCCCUCCUGAGGGAGAUCUUUGUGGACUUUGCACCCUUCCUGUCCAGGACCCUGCUCGGUAGCCAUGGGCAGGAGUUGCUGAUUGAAGGCCUGGUGUGUAUGAAGUCCAGUACAUCAGUAGUGGAGCUGGUGAUGUUACUGUGUUCACAGGAGUGGCAGAACUCCAUUCAGAAGAAUGCAGGACUCGCCUUUAUUGAGCUUAUUAAUGAGGGCAGGCUCUUGUGCCAUGCCAUGAAGGACCACAUCGUGCGAGUGGCCAAUGAGGCGGAGUUUAUCCUCAACAGGCAGAGGGCCGAGGACGUCCACAAACAUGCCGAGUUUGAGUCCAACUGCGCUCAGUAUGCAGCAGAUCGGAGAGAGGAAGAGAAGAUGUGCGAUCACCUGAUCAGUGCCGCCAAGCACAGAGAUCACGUGACCGCCAACCAGCUGAAACAGAAGAUCCUCAACAUCUUGACUAAUAAACAUGGAGCAUGGGGUACCAUGGCCCAGAGCCAUUUGGUUGAUUUCUGGCGUUUGGACUACUGGGAAGAUGACCUGCGCAGGAGGCGAAGAUUUGUUCGCAACGCAUUUGGCUCCACACACUCGGAUGUGUCACUCAAAGCACUGGAGGAUUACGCCCCAGAGGAAGAGGAGGGCAUGAAGUCAAAGAAGGCGUUCAGGAGCCAGUCUGUGGUCAGUCAGAAUCCUGAGAUGGAGCUGAUGCUGGAAGGAGACGAUGAUGCUGUCAGUCUGCUGCAGGAGAAAGAGAUCGACAAUCUCGCAGGUCCUGUGGUUCUGAGCACGCCGGCCCAGCUGGUUGCUCCUGUGGUCGUUGCCAGGGGGACACUCUCCAUCACCACCACUGAGAUUUACUUUGAGGUGGAUGAAGAAGAUCCCGCUUUCAAGAAGACUGAUGCAAAGGUGUUGGCGUAUUCUGAGGGGCUGCAUGGGAAAUGGAUGUUCAGUGAGAUCAGAGCCGUGUUUGCCAGACGUUACCUGUUGCAGAACACUGGCCUGGAGGUCUUCAUGGCCAACAGAACAUCAGUCAUGUUUAACUUCCCGGACCAGGCAACUGUCAAAAAGGUGGUGUACAGUUUACCCCGAGUGGGGGUCGGCACCAGCUACGGCCUUCCUCAAGCAAGACGAAUUUCUCUGGCCACCCCUCGUCAGCUCUUCAAGUCCUCCAACAUGACCCAGCGCUGGCAGAGGCGGGAGAUCUCUAACUUCGAGUACCUCAUGUUUCUCAACACCAUCGCAGGGAGAACAUAUAAUGACCUUAACCAAUACCCGGUCUUCCCCUGGGUCCUCACCAACUAUGAGUCUGAGGAGCUGGACCUCACUCUGCCUGGCAACUUCAGAGACCUGUCGAAGCCAAUUGGGGCGCUGAAUCCAAAGCGUGCAGCCUUUUACGCAGAGCGUUAUGAAACUUGGGAGGAGGAUGGAACCCCACCACAUCACUACACAUCCCUGUACUCCACCGCUGCUUCUACUCUGCUCUGGCUCCACAGAAUAGAGCCCUUCACUACAUUCUUCCUGAAUGGAAACGACAGUAAGUUUGACCAUCCAGACCGAACAUUUUCCGGCAUCAUGCGCUCCUGGAGGAGCUGCCAGAGGGAUACGUCUGAUGUCAAGGAGUUGAUCCCAGAGUUCUACUACCUGCCCGAGAUGUUUGUGAACAGUAAUGGUUAUGAUCUGGGUUUGAGGGAGGACCACACUCCGGUCUGUGAUGUGGAGCUGCCUGUCUGGGCCAAGAAACCAGAAGACUUUGUUCGCAUUAAUAGAAUGGCUUUGGAGAGUGAGUUUGUAUCGUGCCAGCUGCACCAGUGGAUCGAUCUGAUCUUCGGCUACAAGCAGCGAGGACCCGAGGCAGUGAGAGCUCUUAACGUGUUCCACUACAUGUCCUAUGAAGGCUCUGUCAAUCUGGAUACCAUCACAGACCUGCAGCUCAGAGAGUCCACAGAGGCUCAGAUCCAGACGUUUGGUCAAGUUCCCUCGCAGCUGUUAAUUGAGCCUCAUCCUCCCCGCAGCUCGGCUAUGCAUCUGUGUUUCCUUCCUCAGAGUCCACUCAUGUUUAAGGAUCAGAUGCAGCAGGAUGUGAUCAUGGUGCUGAAAUUUCCCUCCAACUCUCCGGUGACACACGUGGCUGCCAAUACGCUCCCUCACCUGAGCAUGCCCGCUGCCGUAACGGUCACCUGCAGCCGCCUGUUUGCUGUUAACCGCUGGCACAACACCGUCGGUCUCAGGGGAGCCCCAGGCUACUCACUGGAACAGGCUCAUCACCUCCCAAUAGAGAUGGAUCCUCUUAUAGCCAAUAACUCUGGGGUGAAUAAACGGCAGAUCACUGACCUGGUUGACCAAAGCAUUCAGAUAAACACACACUGUUUUGUGGUCACUGCUGACAAUCGCUACAUCCUGGUGUGUGGCUUCUGGGACAAGAGUUUCCGAGUCUACUCCACAGAAACGGGUAAACUGACUCAGAUUGUGUUUGGUCACUGGGAUGUAGUGACGUGUUUGGCUCGUUCUGAGUCGUACAUCGGCGGAGACUGUUACAUCGUCUCAGGCUCACGAGACGCCACGCUGCUGCUGUGGUACUGGAGUGGACGACAUCACAUCAUCGGAGACAAUCCCAACAACAGUGAUUAUCCAGCACCCCGGGCUGUUCUCACGGGUCAUGAUCAUGAGGUGGUGUGUGUGUCGGUGUGUGCUGAGCUGGGACUAGUCAUCAGUGGAGCCAAAGAGGGUCCAUGUUUGGUACACACCAUCACAGGGGAUCUGCUGCGGGCUCUGGAGGGUCCAGAAAACUGCCAGCAGCCUCGGCUCAUCUCCGUGUCCAGUGAGGGUCACUGCAUCAUAUACUACGAGAGAGGCCGCUUCUGCAACUUCAGCAUCAAUGGCAAGCUGCUCGCUCAGAUGGAGCUCAACGACUCUACCCGGGCUGUGCUGCUGAGCAGCGAUGGACAGAAUCUGGUGACUGGAGGAGAUAACGGAGUGGUGGAGGUGUGGCAGGCCUGCGACUUUAAGCAGCUCUACAUCUACCCAGGCUGUGACGCUGGAAUCCGGGCCAUGGAUCUCUCUCAUGACCAGAGAACUUUAAUUACUGGCAUGGCAUCAGGCAGCAUCGUGGCAUUCAACAUUGAUUUCAACCGCUGGCACUAUGAGCAUCAGAACAGAUACUGAGAGUGGACAUAAACACACGCACACACACACACACACACACACACACACAUGCGCGCGCGCGUGCACACACACACACACACACGCAUGCACAUACACACACGCACACACACGCGCACACACACACAGUGGAGUGUGAGGAACGAGAAAACUGACUGCAGGCUGCUGCCAAACUUCAGCUGGGAGAGCUCCUACUAACUCAUGACCCGUUAGAAGUUUCCGGAAACACCAAACAUGUCUCUGUUCUGGAAUAGACUGGACCGUCGGACUUAAUGAAAAGAUUACAAACAUAAGACUUUGUUGUUGUAAGCUAGAAUCUUUAGGAUUGUUUUUCACACCCCACAUAUGAUAAUAGGUCAUGUAAAGUCUUCUUGUUUGCAGACUGUGAACAUGAUCAGUGCUGUGGACUCGAGAAAGUAUCUCAACCUCAGAGGCUUCAGAGAUGAACCACCAAAUAAUCAAAUCAAAGAAUGCUUUUACUCUCAUUUUAGCGGGUGGGCUAGAGAACCAGGGUUGGGACACACACACACACGCAGAAUGUUGGUGAAUAUAAUACAGGUCUUUGGUCUAAGGGCAGAGCUUACAUCCCUCAGUUUCCCCCAUCCGGACGGUUCCGCCACCUUUAAAAUCAUUAAUGACUUGCUGUAUGUAAAUUAUUGUGUAUUAUUAAUAAACUGUUGGCGCUUUUGAUGAGAUGAUGGUGGCCUGAGAUGAGAGCAGCCAGGUACACGCUGGAGGUCAUGUCCUAUCAGAAAACGACCUUCGUUUUCUUCUUUGUAUAUUUGGUAAUUGUUUUGUCAUAUAUGUACAUAACUCGACAGCGUGGGCAAGACAGGCAUGUAAGUGGAGAAAAGAAUUAAAAAAAAAACACUAAGGUAAAAAUAAAAUGUAACCCUCUCACUCUCACACAUUUUCUGAUUAUUUAUGAUAAAAAAAGAAAUAAAUGUUGAAGAUUUUGUAAUGGCACUUUGCACCAAUAACCUAAUUUAGCGGAAUGGUUUUAUUUUUGUUUAUAGAAACCAUCAGUUGUAUGAUUUGUGCAUCGAUGUUCGUUGUAUUUGUUCAAUAUUAAAAACGUGUAAUGAUUCUGUUGUACCACCGCAGUAAGCAAUAUCAUAACGCCGUAGCUAGGAGAGAAAUAGAAAUCAUAAAGCUUUUGAGGAGGAAAGCUUGGUUUAUAUGAGUAUUAAAAUAUGUAAACACUUCAAUAUGCAGCAGUUUCAUUUUUUCCCCCCUCAGCCACUUAAGAAUAAGAAAAAUAUUUUUGGAUCUACAGUGUAAUACUGAACUCUAAUAUAACCUUGUUUCCUUGCAAAGGUGUAAAUAAUAACCAAAAAAAAACUCAACAGAACAAUGAAUUAUGCAAAGAGUUUGGGGAUUUUGCCUUGUUAUUGGCCAUGGGUGUGUGUAUAUGACUGAGACAGAGGUGCAGUAGUUGAUGAGCACAGCUGUCCAGGAUUAAAGGUGACUGGUUAGUACUGUACGUUUGAUUCAAUUUGUACAUUUUUGUUCUUUUAUUUUUCCAUGGUGACUUGAUUAUUGCAUAUGUCUCUAAUUUAUUGUUUUGUUUAUUGUUUGUAGAGAGGAGAGGUACAGUUAUUGGUGAAAAAAAUGAAGGAAAGACAUUUUAAUCUAACUCAUGAACUCGAGCCCCAUCUGCUGAUUCAUGCAUUUGCAGCAACGUGAAUAAGGCAGAAACUGACAGGAGGCAUCUCUUCAAAUGUUCAAAAUUCAUUCAUGCCAAUAUAUAAAGAUCAAUAACUGUAAAAUACAAUUGUUUUCUUUUUGUCGUAUUUACAAUAAAACCAACCAAAACAUG